GAGCAGACUGGAAGGUGGCAUGCUGGCAGAGAUGCAGGAGCAGACUGGCAGGUGGCACGCUAGCAGAAGUGCUGGAGCAGACUGGCAGGUGGCAUGCUGGCAGAGAUGCAGGAGCAGACUGGCAGGUGGCACGCUAGCAGAAGUGCAGGAGUAGACUGGCAGGUGGCACACUGGCAGAGGUGCAGGAGCAGACUGGCAGGUGGCAUGCUGGCAGAGGUGCAGGAGCAGACUGGCAGGUGGCAUGCUGGCAGAGGUGCAGGAGCAGACUGGCAGGUGGCAUGCUGGCAGAGGUGCAGGAGCAGACUGGCAGGUGGCAUGCUGGCAGAGAUGCAGGAGCAGACUGGCAGGUGGCAUGCUGGCAGAGAUGCAGGAGCAGACUGGCAGGUGGCACGCUAGCAGAAGUGCAGGAGCAGACUGGCAGGUGGCA